AUGUCGGCCGAACAGGGUUUCAUUAUAGCGACUCUCGGCAUGGCAUGCGCCUAUGGGCAUAAAUUUAUCGUCCCUCCCUUUUUGAAGUCCUGUCUCCAGGGUAACCCACUGCACCCUCAGGAAGCCUUCAUGGAUGACCGUAUCCGGCCUGCAUACGAGUUUGCGUGGUGGAAUACUCGCAUCACCUUUCCACCAGGGGGCGUCGACCAACUUCUGAAAAGGUCAUACAAUUGGUUCAGAUGGAUGGCAAAGGGUGGUUUGCCAAUCAAGUACCCGGACACUGACACCUCCACGCUGACACCGGCCGAAGUUCAGCACAUCAAGACCCAGUUGGAGAAUGCUCGGGAUCGUCUCCUUGAACGUAUCAAGCGUGCUGAGGCCGAGGAAGAGUGGGUCACCAAUGAGAUUUCGGUUUGGGAGGAAAUUGUACAGCAGUCUGCUCUUAUUGACCUAAUGAGGUAUCACAAGAACCGGUUUUCAGCACAUAGAAACCCAGGUGGAGAAAGCCCGGCAUCGGGUUCGUCAAGCCCCCCGUCUCCUUGA